AUGAAGCUCUCCACCCUCUUCGGAACCAUCGCCUUCUUCAACGCAGGCGCCGUCCUCGCCGACCUGCACAACUUCUGCGCCUGCGGUGAGCGCACCGGCAGCAACGCCGUCCAGGACGCCUACUGGACCUUCAACGACGGCAUAACCGAGUACGCGUGCACGCGCUACAAGAACCGCAACACGGGAAACAAGCAGUGGGAUCAGUGCCCCGACUGCCAGAUGGACACACAGAACCUCGAUGGGCACACCAACGUACCGGCGUGCUUCUCGGUGGGGUGGCACAUGGGCGGUGAUGAGUUCGACUACUACUGCGGACUCCAGGGCCUUCAGGGCUACUGCAAGAGCAUCAGCUAG